UAUCAGGCCAUUUAUCAUGUAUUCUAUACAAAACUAAAAACUUCGAAUGUAUGGGCUGCCUGUGGAUAACGAUAGGUGACCAUUUCUUAGAAAUACAAUUUUGAUCCACCAGAAAGUUCCCAGAAAUUACAACACACGACUCAUUGUAGAAAUCCUGAUAUCAACAUGGAAAGUUUUCUUGAGGAUCUCAAAAACGAUGUGCAAUGUUCCUUGUGUAACGAUAGACUCACUGAACCUAAGAUCUUGAAAUGUUUUCACACAUUUUGUAAGCCUUGCGUCAAAAGGGACGUCGAGCUGAUCGAGGAAGUCAACGUCUUCAAGUGUCCAAGAUGUAAGUCAGAAACUCCUCUACUGCCAGAACUAAACACUGGCGUGGAUGAUCUAAAACCAAGUCUACUGCACUCAAGGAUGUUGAAGGUGUUGGAGUUUGUAGAAAGUGAGAAGGUUUGUUCUGUUUCUGGGAGUCAUCCACCAGCAUCUUGGCAUUGCUUUGACUGUAAUCGCUCGUUGUGUGACGAAUGUGAGAAGAGCCAUUCAAUGUUUACCAAAGAUCACAAAGUUGUAUCUCUCGUAGAUAUAAAAGAAGAAGACAUCAGAAUGAUGAUGAGCAGAGAAACUAACUGUGAAAAACAUGCUGAUAAACUAGUAGAAUUAUUCUGUAAAGACUGCCAACAGGAUAUUUGUAUGGAGUGCUGGAAAGAUGGUCACGUUGAACACUCUAUAGUUACUUUGAGUAAGUAUACAUCGAAAAAUAAAGCUCAGCUUUCUGAACAACUGGAGGAGUUAAAAACGCUUGAACAAGAAAUGAAAAACCAGGUUGAAAUAAUAGAAGAGGAAACAAUUGAAUCGAAGGCAAAUUGUGAAAAAGCUAAGCUUUUGGUGAAGGAAAGGUUACGAGUAAUGAUAGAUAUGCUGCAAAAAAAUGCGGAGGAGCUGUUGAAGCAAAUCGAUGAGAAUAUUAAUAAUAUCGAGAGAAGGAAAGUCAAAAGUCRGUCUGUGCUCGAUCAGACACGCGGAGUCAUUGAAUACAUGAAGAAACUGAUAGAGAAAGGGGUUGCAAGUGAAGUGAUUGAGAAUAAAGAGAUGAAGAAAACCUGUMAUACCUCUAUUGAUUGUGUUGGAGAGCAGUUAGACGUAUUAUUCCUUGCUAAUAAACAGCUUACGAAACAAGUGAAAUCGGGGCUCGGAGUUGUAAGAAAAGUAGAAAAAACAGAUCCCAGUAUGAGCAGAGUUGAUUUCUAUUUGUAUGCUAUACGAGGAAUCAAACAGCAACUGAUUGUGACAACGAAAACUAAAUCAGGAAAUUUCAACUACAAUCCAAGCGAUGUUAUUGAUAUUAAAAUAUACCCUUCCGAUGCAGUGAAAAUACUGAAAAAGAAUGUUACAGCGAAAGGAAAAGUAGUGUUUGAAUUCAUACCUGAAGUAGCUUGUCAACUGACAGCAGAGGUCCGAGUGAAUGGGAAUCAUGUAUCUAACAGUCCACUGCUGUUCGAUGUAUCAGAAAUAUAAGUACCUUUAUAUGGUAAAACAGAGAAAAAGUUAUAUCUAGAUUAGCUAGUUCUAGAUUAGAUCACUGAUAAAAAUGAGAAAUAUUUGAAUUGCGCUCCAUGUCUAAUGGGGUGGAUGUUUCUUAGAAAGCCAGUAUAUAACUUCCACUUUAGAUUUGACAUCAGUUCGAUUGUUCUUUAUUUCUAUUUUUCAAAGGGAGGUUGCUCAUAAUGUAUUCCAUCCACUGGAUCUGCAUUACUAAACUUUUUAAAACAAACCUUUGCCGCCAUUUGCAUUGCUACGCGGCCACCCCAGACAAAAAUCGCGACGUGCACUUUGCAAUAGACUGCCUUCAAUCAAACACGUUGACAUCAUUUACACGCGUGUGUGUUUAAAAAGRCGCCAAAACUUGUCGAUUGUUUACAAGUAUUAUGAGCCACACUCAACUGGGCCUAUCCAAGCCGAUCCAAACGCGUGUAAAUGACGUCAACGUGUUUGCUUGACUGCAGUCUAUUGCAAAUUGCACGUCGCGAUUUUUGYCUGGGGUGGCUGCGUAGCAAUGCAAAUGGCGGCAAAAUAUGUUUCAUUUAAUUUAAUUAAAAAUGAAAGCAUAAGAAUAAAUAAUAGUGUCAGUGUUUGGAAUCCUAACCAAUCAUAAUUAUAUCAUGCAAGCCAAAAAAAACUUGGUUUAGACUCGACUUGCUAUAAUAUAACUUGAUAGGUAAUAAACAAAUAAAUAAUG